AUGGAUAGCAUGGGUGGCAUGGGUGGCAACCAGAAUGGCAUGUCGAGCGGCUACGGCUCGAUGGGCGGCGCGCAGAAUGCCAUGGACGGCUUUGGCUUCAUGGGCCCCUGCUACACGAAUGGCUACGGCAGCAUGGGCGGCAACCAGAUGGGUAUGCCCAGCGACUUCGGCCCCAUGUGUGGAGGUCAGAACGGCAUGGGUGGCUACGGCUCUAUGGCUGGUGGUGGUCCAGGCAGCAUGGACGGCAUGGGUGGUCCGAUGGACUCCAUGUACGGUAUGGGAGGUCCGAUAUGCAGCAUGUACGGCAUGGGUGGUCCGAUGGGCAGCAUGUACGGUCCGGCCUCGCUGAUGGGUUCAAUGUACGGCAUGGGGGCCCCAAUGGGGUCAAUGUACGGCAUGGGUGGCCCGAUGGGCUCCAUGCUGGGUCCGAUGGGGUCAAUGUACGGUAUGGGGGGAAUGGGGUCUUUGUACGGCAUGGGUGGCGGCAGCCUGUACGGCGGUGGCUACCACAGCGUGGUCGAUAUGGCGUCUCGCCGUGGCAGUUUCCUCAACAAGAAUGACCUGAUUCGCGCCGAUGUGAAGCCGCUGAACAGCAACAAGGACAACGGCGGUGAGAAGGGUGCCAAGGAGGCUGACGACAAGGAGAGAAGCAAGAAGGACGGCAAGAGCCGCGAAAUCAAGCUUGAGGAGCCCAAGACUGAUUCCAAGGACCCCAAGGCAACGGAAAAGAAGGAAGCCACUGACAAGAAGGGGAGCGCCGACAAGAAGCUGUCCACGGAGGCGAAGCUCGUGGACAAGAAGGACGCCAAUGAAGUUGACAAGAGGAUUGUCAAGGGCAAGGACGGAGAGAAGGAGGACGGCGAGAAGAAGGACAGCGAGAAGAAGGACAGCGAGAAGAAGGAUGGCGAGAAGAAGGAUGGCGAGGCGCCAGUGGCCAAGCCGGAUGGUCUCCUGAAGUUCAGCGGCACCAAAAUUCGCAGUCUUGCCCUUGUCUACAAGUCUGGCAAGGAGGCGAAAGUGACUCGGAAAGGCGUGGAUACCGUUAUCAUGGACGGCAAGGAGACGAAGCUUGACGAGGUCAUCUUCAUCGAGGACCCGAAAAAGCCAGUGGAGGCGGCCGCGCUGUCGGAGGUGCGCAAUCAGUGGGUGUCGGGCCAUAACGCCACCAUCAUGAUCGGCAGCGACGGCACGCGAAGCACGCAGGCGGUGGACUUCAUGCGCGAGUACCUGUCCACGUGCACGGGCAAGUUGGCCGCCAGUGGCGAGUACUUCAGCAUCUACAUCACAAUGACGGCGCUCGAGGGUGCAGACCAGGGUCGCGAUUUGCUGAAGGACGCCGCCACCUUCGAGAAGCUUACGCUUGCGUCAUCGCCGGUGUACGGUCCGGCGCUCAAUAACAUGACAAUAAAGGAGGUAAACACAAAGGAGACGAUGGAGGAGGUGCUCAAGGAGGGCAUGGAGCGGGCCAAGGAGGGCGAGGUAGUCUGCAGCUACUUAGUUUUGAAGCAGUGCCGCAAGAGCAGCGCAGGGGCGAUGGUGUACCUUUCCUCGCUGAACGUCACGCACGUUGGGCCGAACGUGGAGCAUCUCACCGGCCUCAAGGCCAAGAAGCCAGAGGAGCCGUGUCGCCUCUACCGCUACUCCGUCGGUGGUGGCAGCCACACCAUGUGCGUUGGCUUCGUCAGCGACGACGACACCUCAGCGGCCAAGGUCUUCGAUGCGCUGAAGGAAAUGCGUGAGGUUCAGAACACCGAGCCGCGCAGCGGCAACGUGAAGCGCUUCAUCGAGUAUACAAAGAAAGAGAUCCCGAAGUGCAAGGAAAAGGUCGCCUCGUCGACGGAAGAGAGCAAGAAGGCAAACUACGAGACAAUGCUGAAGCGGAUGGAGAUGAUGCUCAAGGACGCUGAGGACAUCGAGAAGGACGCGAAGGCGGUCGCCCCGAAGGCGUACGUGUAG